AUGGAGUCGCGCUACCGAGCCGCGCGGAUCUUCAUUGCUGGCUGCGCCACACAGUCCAGCUUGGAACGGCAGCUGGCAGUUCCCCGGCGCAGCCGCGACCAGCGAGGCACUCACAACCUGGAAGGAACCAUCGCCGACGUGAGCACCAUGCUCAGGCUCUUUGAGGAUUGGGACAAGGCGGAUGGGAAGACGCAGGUGCAGUACAUGCACAUCUACCAGAUUCCUGGGAAGUUCCUGCCGAAGCAGGAGGUGAUGUCAAGAAUCGAGAAGGCCAUGGACACUGCCCAAGACGAGGUCCUCCUCUGGUAUUCAGGGCAUGGCCAGACCCACACUGGCAACUGGACCUUCCAGGAAGAGAACGAGGACAGGUGCAGCUACGUCUCCUUCGAGGAAAUAGCGACGCUGUGGCUCCGUAGACCUCGCACCGCGACGCUUCACGUCUUCAUGGACUCCUGCUUCGCUGGCGCCUGGGCCGAGGAAGCCUGUCGCCUGGGCCCGGACAAAAAGAUCGCCGUCUUUGCGGCCUGCCAGGCGGACGAAGAGGCUGGUGAGUCUAGGGAAGGCGGCAACUUCACGCGCAGGAUUCGAGACGUCGUGCAGACUGGGCAGAAGUCCGAGGAGAAGAUUUACAUGGCACCUCUCGAGGAGGGCACCCUGUUUUCCUCCAAGUUCCGCGGUCAAGUUUUGAACCGCAAGCAACGAGUGGACCAGCACCCAUGCGCUUACUUCCCUCUCUGGGACGAGCGGCGUGUGGUGACCGCGGAGCGAGCUUGGGAGCCAAGUCCGUUGAGAUGGUCUCCCGAUGCGCUGCUGACGAAGUGGUGUGCGAGACUGAUGCCGAGGGCGAUGUCGACCAUCAGUAGCCAGGAGGAGGCUGAGACUGCCAGCAACGCCCCAACCGACGACGUGACCACUGGCGGAGGCUACCGGGCCCGUUUUGUGAAUGGGCCUGGAGUUUGCAUGCGCUGCUUUGAGUUCCUGCUUUCCCCCUAG